AUGCGCGCCAUCGCCUGCGCACGACCGCGCGCGCGCGCGCACGCCGUCGCAUCGACGUCCUCCGCGCACGACCACCGCGCGAGCGCGUCGACGGUAUCACGACGCGCGUCUUCGCUCGGUUUCGCCCUCUCCACGGCGCUGGCGUCGAACGUUUCAACAUCGUCGCCCGCGCGCGCUGGAGGAUCUACGGGCGCUCCGAGGGACGACGACGACGACGACGUAGAUUUCUUCACGGAGUACCCGUACGCGAAGCCCGCGGACGUGAUUCCGUACGUCGAGCGUAAGGCGCGGAGAGGGGACCCGGCGAGCGUCUUGCGAGCGUACGACGCGUUCGGAAGGAAGUAUCCGACGUACAAACUCGGGGCGGAGAAGAGCGCGCUGUACGGGAACGAGGUGCUGGAUACGAUUGAAGAUUUGCGGUGCGUCGUGGAGAUAGGAACGUUUCUGGGGUACAGCGCGAUCGCGACGGCGAUGCGGUUUAGAGACCCGGCGGCGCGGAUGUUGUGCGUGGAGUUUGAAGAGCGACACGCGGACGUCGCGAGAUGGGCGAUCGAUUACGCGGGGUUGAGUGAUCGCAUUGAGGUGCUCACGCGAGCCGGGAGCGAUGCUGUUGACGAAGCGCGGGCGUUCGUGAAUCGAGUGAAAGGCGAGGGGCGAGGGACGGAUGUGUUGUUCCUCGAUCACGCCAAGGAACGAUAUUUGCCGGAUUUAAAGCUGUACGAAGACGCCGGAAUCGUUCGUCAAGGCACGAUCGUCGUCGCGGAUAACGUCGUUUAUCCGGGCGCGCCGGGGUAUUUGGAGUACGUCGACAGCGCGUCGAAGCGGUACGACACGCGACUGCUUGAAGCGAUGUUUGAGUACGACCAAAUUUGGAAGAAGGACUGGGUGACGCCGAAGGACGCUUUAAGCGUAUCCGUGAGACUUUGA